ACAUUUUAAUCCAAUCAUCUUAUCAGUGGCAUUAUAAGAUUUCAGUAAAAAUCUCUAAAUUUUACUUUAUAUUCUAACAUUUCGCGCAAAACAAGCUGAAAUUUACCAUUUGACCUAGUCGUCAUAGAGUAUUUCCCUUUCUGUAAUCAGUUCCUUGCAUUUCUUCAACAAAUCAAAGUUGUGAACUAGAGGCACAUCCUUCAACAUGAGUGAGACGGAAAAUGUCUUUUUGUUCGUCCCAAAUCUCAUCGGUUAUGCCCGGGUGAUUUUGGCGAUUAUUUCAUUUUACUUCAUGCCAAUUAGUCUCCCAAUCACUGUGUGGUGCUACGCGAUAAGUGGAUUAUUAGAUGCUGUUGAUGGUCAUGCUGCUCGCUAUUUCAAUCAAAGUACAAAAUUUGGAGCAAUGCUGGAUCAGUUGACAGAUCGGAUAGGGACAUCAUGCCUAAUUCUAACUCUGAGCUACUUCUACCCGAAGUACAUGUUCUGGUUUCAACUGAGUUUAGCGAUAGACAUCUCCUGCCACUGGAUUUUCCUGCACACGUCAAUUCUUCAAGGCAAAACAAGUCACAAGCUGAUCGAUAUGUCUGAAAACUAUUUGAUGAACAUCUACUAUACAAAUAAACCCGUCCUCUUCUUCAUGUGCGCAGGCAACGAAGCCUUCUAUCUUUCAUUAUACUGUCUCUAUUUCACCACAGGUCCCAUUGUUGCCGGACUCAGCUUAUUCAAGCUGAUAUGCUACGUUAGUGCCCCCAUUGCUCUGCUCAAAACCUUCAUUUCCCUAGUUCAUGGAUUUGUAGCUUGUAAGAAUUUGGCGACUAUCGACAUUUCUGAACGAGAAGCUUUGCGCAAAAAGAAAUAAAGUGACAUCAAGUCAUUUUAAUGAUCAUUCCUUUGAUGCUUUAUUGUGUCUCUACUUUAACUAACCUAUUAUUUAAUAGUAGAGGAAAUUUAAUACCAUAUGCACUCGGACUCAAUGUCAUGCACCUAACAAUUCUUUGCUUUUAGAAAGACAAAAGCUUGCAUAAAGACUCUAGGAUGAAAAGGUGCCAAGAGAUAUAUUAAUAAUUUACAGCCACGAUUCUUAGAUUUUAACUCUCUUAAAACUAUGUCCCUCCAAUGAAAGUGAGAAGUUUAUUUAUCACAUCUGUGAGUACUUUUCUUUUCUUUUUGUCACGCAAAAUUGAGCGAAGCUGAGUAA